AUGGUUUACGUGCGCCAGGAUCGCCUUCCGGCGCUUAAGGAGUACAAGUACUCUGGCGUCGACCAUUCACUGACGUCAAAGUACAUCCUCAAGCCCUUCUACACCAACGUCGUCAUCAAGAUCUUCCCCAUGAGCAUGGCGCCGAACCUCAUCACCCUGACCGGCUUCAUGUUCGUCGUCGCAAACAUCUUGACGCUGCUUUGGUACAACCCGACGCUUGACCAGGACUGCCCCAGCUGGGUCUACUACUCGUGGGCGAUCGGCCUGUUCCUGUACCAGACUUUUGACGCCGUUGACGGGUCGCAGGCCCGACGAACCCACCAGUCCGGACCUCUUGGCGAGCUCUUCGACCACGGCGUCGAUGCGCUAAACACCUCGCUCGAAGCCCUCAUCUUUGCCGCUUCGCAGAACAUGGGACAGGGCUGGAUGACCGUCGGCAUCCUCUUUUCUUCCCUCCUCACCUUUUACGUCCAGACGUGGGACGAGUACCACACCAAGACGCUCACCCUGGGCAUUGUCAACGGGCCUGUGGAGGGCGUCCUCAUCCUCGUCGGCGUCUACGCCCUGACGGGCUACUUGGGCGGCGCUUCCUUCUGGCAGCAGUCGCUCCUCCGCACUUUCGGCGUCUCCGACAAGCUGGGCAUCCCCGAAGCCGUGUACGAGCUUUCCUUCACGCAAUGGUACAUGGCCCAGGGCGCGCUCGUGCUCGUCUUCAACACCGUCGAGUCUGCGCGCAACGUCAUCAAGGCUCGCCGUGCGCGCGGCGACCGUUCUCGCGGCGCGCUGCUUGGCCUGCUGCCCUUCUUCGGCAUGUGGACGCUCAUCGCGUCGUACCUGUUGCUGCACCCCACCAUCUUGCACUCGCAUCUCGUGCCGUUCGUCUUUUUCGCCGGCGUCGUGAACGCGUACUCUGUCGGACAGAUGAUCACGGCGCACCUGGUGAAGCUCGACUUCCCAUACUGGAACGUCCUGGGCCUGCCGCUUGCGUUUGGGGUCGCCGAUGCGCUGGGACCCAAGCUGCAGGAGUACUUUGGAUUUGGCUGGCCCAGCGCGCUGGGCGACGACGUCUACCAGGUCGCUUUCAUGUUCCUGAUGCUCGGCAUGGCCAUUGGCGUUUACGGCAGCUUCGUCGUGGAUGUCAUUGUCACCAUCUGUGAUUAUCUUGACAUCUGGUGUUUGACAAUCAAGCACCCGUGGGUUGAGGGUCGGGACGGCGAGGGCAGUGCCCAGGUCGACGGCAAGAAGUCCCAGUGA